AGCAACAGUCUAUUUGCCGAGUUUCUUCGAAAUGGUCGAUACCAAGCAUAUCAAAGAAGCAUUCGAAGAUCACUCGAACACGAAAAAAGGAAAGUUGAGUCGAUCGGAGGCCAAAAAAGCUAUAGAGGAGUUGGACGAUGCUGAGGAUUUCAGCGAUCGGUGGAGAAAAUACUCGAUCGGCGGAUUUGUGGACUAUCCAGCCUUCGUAAAAAUGGUCAAGUCAACGAUGAACGCCGAUGCUCCUCUCAAAUCCUACUCGGGGCAUCACAGCGAGACACAUAAGAGCGAGUCAAAAAAGAAGAAGGACAAGAAAACGUUCGAAGAGGAGGAUGACGUGGAGAAUGUGAAGCGGAAGCCGGCGGAAAGCUCGGAUGACGAAGUGGUGGUGGUGGUGGUGAAGAAGGAUCAGAAGGGGAAGAGGGGGAAGAAGUCCAAGAAGCCUAAGAAGAAGCAGGAGUCGUCGGAUGACUCUUCGGAUAAUUCGGAUUCCUCCGAGUCUUCUGACGAUGACAAGAAAAGCAAAAAGAAGAAGAAGAAGUCGAAGAAGGAUUCCUCCGACUCCUCGGAUUCUUCAGAUUCCUCCGACUCGUCCGACGACGGUAAGAAGAAGAAAAAGAAAAAGUCAAAGAAAGAUUCCUCUGAUGAUUCCUCGGACUCCUCUGAUUCAUCGGAUUCUUCCGACUCCUCCGACGAUGACAAGAAGAAAAAGAAGAAGAGCAAAAAGUCCAAAAAUAAGGGAUCUUCUUCUGAUUCCUCGGAUUCAUCCGACGACUCCUCCGACGACGAAAAACCGAAAAAGAAGAAGAAAAAGUCGAAAAAGCCAAAGAAGGCCCCGAAAUCCGACGAAGAGGUUACCAUUAAGAUCAUUAAGAAGCCCAAGAAGAAGCCCGAGGAUCUGGAGCGUCGUCGUCAUCGCGUCAAGAAGACCGAGGAGCACGAGGAGGAGAAGGACAAGGAGGAGCAUCACGAGUCGAACGACGAGAACAUGGAGUUUGAUACAAGGGCUCGGGGAGCUCCAAGUUCACCAAAAUUGACAAGAAGAGCCAAAAGAUCGGAGAGCUCCGAUGAUGAGGUGGAGCUGCAGAAGACUCCGGAAAUCGACGAUAACAAGCCUUCCAGGAAAGAUGGAGAUCACGACAGUGACAUGGAGGAAUCUGAAAAAUCCAAGAAAUCAUCAAAGAAGGAUCACAAUCACCACCACCACCACUGCUGCUGCGGGGCUCAGAAUGAGCAUGAGCACACGCAUCACGAGGAGUUCUCAAAGACGGAUAAAGUGGUGAAUAAGUAUCAUGACUGUGCAAAGUGCCAGUAUAAAUGUCCGAUUUGUACGUAAUUUAUUGAAAUUCUAAUAAAUAUUUGGAUUAUUUAA